UUUGGUUGUCGCGGCGGCUGGGCUGGGCCGGGCUGGGCUGGGCUGGGCUGGCGGCGGCGCGGGGCUGGCGGGAGCGGCUGCCCGGCGCGGUGCCCCGGCCCGGGGUGAGCAUGCUGCCCUAGCGCUGGGGCUAUGUCGGAGGCGGCCCGGAGCCUCCUGCAGCGCUGGGGCGCCAGCUUCAGGAAGGGCACCGACUUCGACUCCUGGGGGCAGCUGGUGGAAGCGAUCGACGAGUACCAGAUAUUAGCAAGGCAUCUACAAAAAGAGGCACAGUCUCAGCACAACAACUCAGAAUUCACAGAAGAUCAGAAGAAAACCAUAGCUAAAAUUGCAACAUGCUUGGAACUGAGAAGCGCAGCUUUACAGUCCACCCAAUCGCAGGAUGAAUUUAAGCUUGAGGAUCUGAAGAAGUUGGAACCGAUCUUAAAGAAUAUCCUCACUUACAAUAAGGAGUUCCCCUUUGAUGUUCAGCCUGUCCCACUCAGGAAGAUUUUAGCACCUGGAGAAGAGGAACACUUGGAGUUUGAGGAGGAUGAUGAGGAAGGAGGAGCUGGAGCAGGGUCUCCAGACUCUUUUCCUGCUAGAGUUCCAGGAGCCAAUGAAGGUACUUUAUUACCCAGAUUGCCAUCUGAACCCGGGAUGACAUUACUCACCAUCAACAUAGAGAAAAUUGGUCUGAAAGAUGCUGGGCAGUGCAUUGAUCCUUACAUCACAGUCAGUGUAAAGGAUUUGAAUGGGAUAGACCUGACUCCUGUGCAAGAUACUCCCGUGGCUUUGAGGAAGGAGGACACGUAUGUCCAUUUCAAUGUGGACAUUGAGAUUCAGAAACACAUUGAAAAACUAACAAAAGGUGCAGCUAUUUUCUUUGAGUUCAAACACUACAAGCCUAAGAAAAGGUUUACUAGCACCAAGUGCUUUGCUUUCAUGGAGAUGGAUGAAAUUAAACCUGGGGCAAUUGUUAUAGAACUGUACAAAAAACCCACUGACUUUAAAAGGAAGAAAUUGCAACUGUUGACCAAGAAACCACUUUACCUUCACCUCCAUCAAACAUUGCACAAGGAAUGACCCUCGUUGUGAGACUUCUGUGAACUGAACCGCGAGUCACGGUAGCUGUGUGUAGUAGCCUUAGCCUUCGAGGGGCGGGAGAGCGACUGAAUUCAUGCCAGUAGGUCAGACGGGACCAUCACACGCUGCACAGCACUGCGUCAGGGUCAGAGGCGAGCCUGCCACUCGAGCGCAAGAUUAUUUUUUUCAGUACCUUCCAGAAAAAGUUGUUUCCGAGAGCCCUGAAAUACGUUGACUGCUUUUCCUAAUUUUGCUGUUCAUCACUUUUUAUCUUAACCAUUAUUAGCCUUUUGCCUCAACCUCCACCCCAGGCUGGAGACUGCCCCUUUUGCCAAACCCGUAGCAAUAAAGACGUGGCAGGCCGACUAGCUGGUGA